CGUCUGCUAAGUGUGUGACGAGUGUGUUCCGUCCUCCACAGUGUUCACGCUGCACAUGCGAGCAGGGGACGUAUUCUAGGGCGACCACUUUCGGCCAUGCUUUCGACGAUACUGGCGGCUUGGCCAUCAGGCGUGCCUGGUUGAGCAAACGCGGAUUAGCUGAUUGGCUCGUUGAGCACUACGUCACGCGAAGGCGAUAGUAUCAGUGAUAGUAUCGCCGAAAGUGAUCUUCCGAGAAUUCGACCCCUGACGAUCUCGCGAUGCCGCCGCCGCAGGAAAGUCUCGUCGCUGCAAUACAUUGUUUGGACAGUUAUGUGGUCCAACUGGAGAACGGAGGGCCAUCGCCAGGACCUUCGCAUCUACUGAACGAUGCUGAAAGGGCAAAAGCCCGGAGAGCAGCUGCACGGGAACGGAUGCGUGCUUUUCGAGAGCGCCAGGCAGCAGACGCCGCCGCUCGAGGUGGGCCUGAUGGGCCUUCGCGUCUGACCAUUGGCAAUGGUCUGACCGAGGCCGAGAGGGCAGAAGCCCGGAAAGAAGCUGCCCGGAAGCGGAAGCGUGCUUUCCGAGAGCGCCAGGCAGCAGACGCCGCAGUUAUACAAGCUCAAAGAGAAGCGGACCGGGAACGGAAAAGAGCCGCGCGGAAGCGACAGUUAGAAUUGGACGAUGGAGUCUUACAGGCCCUCAGGGAAGCGGAUCGCGAGCGCAAGAGGGCCGCAAGGAAGCGCCAGGCGGAAGCAGUCGCACAAGCCCGAAGAGAAGCGGAUCGCGAACGCAAGAGAGCCGCGAGAAAACGCCAGGCGGAAUAUAGUGUCGUCGCACAUGCCCGUAGAGAAGCGGACCGGGAACGGAAAGAAACCGUCGCAAAACGGCAAGCAGAAAAGAACACCAACGGCAGCAGUGGCAGCAAAGACUCGAGGUGGGAGGAGGCACACUUAGCAAGCGGGUUCAACAUCAGCAACCAGUUUGGAGCCCCCUGCGAUGUGUGCAAUCGCCCGUGCUACCAAAACAGUAUAUGGCCACCGCUCCCAAUGUAUGCGGAUUUGCUGGUGCAGCUGUUACCUGGAAGGGACACUGGUGCUAUCCACGCGUGCGCCUCAUGCCGGACGACCCUGCGAGAUAACGAGACAGCCGAUUUUUCUCAGACCGCCCGUGCGGUCUCUCCACUGCGUGCUGAGAAUGAGCAGUCUAGCUCUAGGUGCGGAGGCGAGUUGGUUCCUGCUGGAUCCACUACAGCUGUGCAAGAAGAUGCUUCUGUACAGUGUAAUGGGAAAGAAGAUGUUGGCGUCAAGUCUGCACAGCCGGAGCUGUUUUCAUCUAGGAUCGCCAAAACAAUGCAGUGUGAAGAUUUGACAGACUGUUGUGGUGCUCCUGCUCUUGUGCAACAGCUGCUGCCAGAGAAAGGUCCAGCACCCUGCCUUUUGGAUGGAUGAUAAUUUACUGCCCUGUGUAAAACUGUUUGGGCUUACGUCGAGAGGAACUAUUUGCAAGCAGAACCAUUGAAAUGACCACUUCAAUAUAAAGUCUCUGGUAAUUGGCUGAAACAGGCCAUUAUAUCUU